AAGUCAUCUUGGUCGUUAACUUAAACUCAUUGCUCGUCUAUAUAUGUCCACUCGCCACCAUGACUGUUAAGAACACUACAAAUGGCAAUGGCAAUGCCAAUAGCAAUAUCAAAGCUGCUAUCAUCGGUGGAGGUCCAGGUGGCUUAGGUGCCGCAAUUGCCCUCGCCAAGUUAUCCUUCGUUGACUGGACUCUGUAUGAGAAGAAGCCCGAGAUCAGUGAGACAGGCGGCGGUAUCAGUCUUCAACCACAUACAUGGAAGAUGCUUGAAUGGAACGGGUCAUCCAAGAACAUUAAGCCCAGUGACUUGUUCAGGUCUCCUGACGGUAUCAGUGGACAACAGCGCAACGGGCGAACGGGUGAGCUUAUUGAGCAAAGCUAUCAUCCCGAAGAUACACCCAUUCACCGACGCAGUGGCCGUCAGAGGAGAUCAAAGCUACAGGCAGCUCUUCUCAAAGAGGUCGAUGAGUCAAAAAUCAAGCUCUCCAAGAAGCUCGUGGGCAUUGAAAAACUGUCAAGUGGCAGAGUAAUCAUCCGAUUUGAGGAUGGCUUUACGGAUGAGGUUGAUCUCUUGAUUGCUGCAGAUGGCAUAAGAUCGGUCGUCCGGUCGUUUACUUUUCCUUCGCACAAAAUCAGAUACAAUGGCCAGUCCGCAUAUCGCACCAUCAUCAGCAAGUCUGAAGUUAAUGCUCUUGGCACAAUCCCCCAUGCAUCAACAUUCUGGCAGAAUCUAGGCGGUAGAUACGUGUUUACGAGUCCGCUUGGAGACGACGACUUUGAAGUCACAGCACGUAUCUCCCGGCCGUCAGAAGGUCAGGACCACGUCAGCUGGGGUCGACCCUUUGACUUCAGCACACUUGUCCACGAGUACGAUGGAUUCUGCGAGCCCGUUCGCCAAGUUGUGCAGUUAGCAGCAAAGGGGGAGACUCAAGAAUUUGCUCUGUUUUCUGGGCCGCGACUAGAUCGAGUAGUUGCUCUUGAUUCGAUAGCCCUGAUCGGAGAUGCUUCGCAUCCCUUGUCAGGAGCAUUUGGGGCGGGAGCCGGAUUUGCCCUUGAGGAUGUGUAUACACUGUCCAAAACUCUUGAGUGGGCUUGGACUCAAGGUGGAGGUAUUAAAGCUGCACUGGAGUUAUACGAUCGCAUCAGGUCACCGCAUUACCAUGAUCUAUAUAAUGUCCUGGACUGGUAUGCAGGCAUUGGCAAGGAGAUUGCGGCAGAAGGGCUAUCCGUAGACGACGAAAUUGAGGCAAAGGUGAGAAGAACAAAGGGCAAGAAAUCGAACUGGAUGUAUUAUUACGACAUCCAGACUGUUGUUGAUAAUGUUCUUGAUGGCUUGGAUAGCAAGGAAAACUGA